CAGAUCACAACGUGUGUGCGCGCAGAGCCACUAUACCCAAACGGAGAGGGACAGAGAGAUACAGAGGGAGGAGGGAGAGAGCACGCGGGAUUGUUUGUUACCGUUUAAAUCCCAUUAAUUCAAACGUUAACCUGAUUGGGUACAGGGAGGGAGGAAGAGAGAGUGAGAGAGAACUAUGUCCCAAUAGGCGAAUCCUCUUCAUAUUAACCCGCCUCGAGAUAAUGAUGUAAAAGACCCCGUUCUUGCGCGUGAAGCUGAUCGCCGUAGAGAUCUGCUGAAGGUGAAUCAGAGCGAGAUAAGGAGCGCGAGCGCAGAGAGCAGAGCGAGAGAGCAGAGCAGAGGGAAAGAGAGCCGACGUGUCUCCAGCAUCUCAGUUGACAAGUCGAGCAAUAAUAAGCGAUCAAGAACAACUCACUCUCUCUGACAGCGCACAAGGCAAGAAACGUAUACAAGAGCUGUCGCCGGGAGAGAGUCUCCAGAAACUGCCACCCACUAAAGCAGCGUCUGGAGGAGAGGAAGUGCUAUGGACAGGAGAAUGAACUUGAACGGACCAGGAGAUAUUUUCCACAAAACUCUCAGCGCCGUCUCCAACAAAAAGAUGGACUCCUUCAGGUCGGCGGCUGGUGUUGACCUGCCGGGGUCCAGGGACCACCAGUCACCCAUCAGCUGUUUCGACCAGACUGACUCGGAUCCGAUUCAACCCGGUGGACUGGCUGGGGGUCGAGGGGGACCGCUGGGACUGCCUACCGGAUCUUUGUGCGUCAAAUUCGGAGAGAGCAGCAACAGGACUUCGGCGGCAGAGAGCAGUGGCGGGGAGCAGAGCCCGGACGAUGACAGCGACGGCAGAUGUGAGAUGGUCCUCCUGGCCGACGGGAGAACUGUGGCCGCUGGUAAACCGGAGGGAGGUAAGAAAAACAAAGAGCAGAAAACACUCAGACUAAACAUCAAUGCGCGGGAGAGACGGAGGAUGCACGACCUGAACGACGCGCUGGAUGAGUUGCGCUCUGUCAUCCCGUACGCGCACAGCCCCUCAGUGCGGAAACUCUCCAAAAUCGCCACUUUGCUGCUCGCCAAAAACUACAUCCUCAUGCAGGCGCAGGCUCUGGAGGAGAUGAGGAGGCUGGUGGCCUAUCUGAACCAGGGCCAGGCCAUCUCAGCGGCGUCCAUACCCGCCACCACGGCCCUUGCUGCUCCGGGUCUACCAGGUCUGAGCGCGGGGAUAAGUGCGUACGACCAGCCGCCUGUGUACCCCUUCGCCACCGGAUUGGCCGGGUCUUCCUGCCCCGAUAAAUGUGUCCUUUUCAACAACGUCACCUCGAGCCUGUUUAAACAAUGCACUGACAAGCCUUAGCUGAAUCAUAACAACGAGCCAGUACCAGAGACUCAGAGAAGCACAUGCGAGAGCGAAAAACACUUUUUAAAACAAACGGCGACUUUGGAGAGAAGAGGUUCGAAGUCAGUGUAGACCGAGAAAAGUGAAUCCGAUGAUGAGUACAUUUAUAACAUUUACAAAUGCAUUGGAAGAAGCGCUUUUUUGUUAAGACAACGCUUGAUUGUGUAUAUAUAAAGCAUCCUUUAAGUGCUGGUAUGAAUGAAAGUGAAAAACCAAACAGAAAUGUAUGAGUGUCUCGCAAGUGGUGAUGGAUUGACAGUUGUUUACCACUGCGCAAAUAUGGACCCUAUGUGAAAAGUUGUGACCUGACAAAAACAUGCGACCAUUUCACUUGAAUAGAUGGAACAACUUAAGACAUUAGUUAAUAUAAGAAACCACAACCUUGCUGCUUUACUUACUUUAUUUAUAACUUAAGAAGGUGUUUUCUUAUUGGUGGUUAUUUGGUGAUCUUUUGAGAAUGUGUUGAGCAACUAAGAGUCUGUGGGAAAGCAAAAUGAACUAAAAUGAAUACGAAAUUAGUUGUUUUAAUCUCUCAAUACAGAGUUUAUAGUCAUUUAUAUAUUUUUGUUGUAUCAAACACUUGUGCUACAUUGGCAGUUUCCUUGGCACUGUAAUAUAAUUACAUUUGAGUCUCUAAAAACCUGUAUAUUCAGUUCAUGUUCUUUUCAAUUUGUCAUUUUUUAUUUAUUGAUUUGAUACAUUUUAUUUGCAUGGUGGUACUGUAUUCUGCAUUAGCGACGUGUCUAAUUUGCGUCAUUUCUAACACACUCAUGCAAUAAGGCCGAGGUCUUGAGACAUCAGGAGCGCUGUCAGGUCAAGCAGUGGAUUAUUGUAAAUACAUUAGUUAUUAUAAGAAUAAAGAGGGCCAUUUGUAUGUGUUGAUGUGUUGGAAAGCUUUAUUAAAAUAUUUUGAACAAAACGAAAA